UUAGGGUUUUACCAGAGCUCAUCUCCUACUAGCUCUCACUGCAAUUUUUGGGUUUCACCAUGGUUCCAUCUCUAAUCAACCACACCAAUUCAUCAAACCCCAUCUCCCAAAUCAAGAUUAACCCAUCAAUUCAAACCGCCAUAGAUGAAUUCCACAAAGAAAACCCCAAACUCUCUCACUUGAUUCACCAAUUCUACCACUCAAUGCAAUCCCGGGUCGACCCGACUCCCGAAUCCAUCUGGGUCUACGCCGCAUUGACUUUCCGGAGCCGGAACCACCCGAAAGGCGACAUCUUUGACCGAGUCUCCGCCGCCAAGGACCUGUUUCAGCUGCUCUGCUCUUGCAUCGCUCCCUGCACCGCCGCGAAAGGCGCUGCGCUGCUCGCUCCGGUGGUGCGGCUGGUGCACGACGUCGUUUUGGAUUUGCCCAAGAAUGACUUGGGGGUGAAGAAAGAGAAGAAGGCUUGGAAGGAGGUGAAGAAUUUGGUGGGAGUGAUUUUGGGGUUUGUAAAUGUGUGUUGUUCUAGCAAUGGUUUAGGUGAGGUGGAGCAUUUGGGUUGGUCCUCUUCGGGGCUGAGCUGUGUUUGGUUGGAUAGGAAUGAGAGUGUUGGGAAGUUGUUGCCUUUAGUGAGUGAGGGGGUGAUUGGUGAGCUUAGUGAGAGAGAUGGGGAUGUGAGUUACUUGGCUGGAGUUGUUAUUGCUGAGGUGUUUUUGUUGAGGAUGUGUUUGACUUGCAAAGGUGGCGGUUCGAGGGAGGAGUUGGAGGCAGAGUUGAGGAGUUGGGCUGUUGGUUCCAUGACUGGGUUUCAGAAUGUUUACGUUUUUGAGGUUCUUCUGAGGAUGCUGCUGGAGAAGACUUUGCCUGUUACCUCCCUUGUGAGUUCUGAUGACGAAGUUUUGUUGAGGAAAGUGCUCUAUGAUGCCAUCAUACUGGUUGAGUAUUCUUUCCUUAAUCCUGAGAAAGCAAUUCACAUAUCUUCCGAGCAGAUGAAAAUUAUUGCCAUGAGAAGAUUGGUUCUUGCCCACGAAGCAGUGGAGUAUUUUAGGGAGCAUGGUGAUCAAAGGAGAAGCAUCUCUUAUACAAGUGCAUUUUCCAGCUCACAAUUGUAUACCCAAAUUGUUAGAUGGGUAAAGAGUCAGAUUCCUGUGGAGGAUAGCUCAGUCAAAUCAAAGGGAUCCUCACCUAAAGCUCUUAUAAAAUUGCUUCUUAACCUUGAGCGUCAAGGCUUCUUAGUGUUUGGUGAUAGUAUCUUGAAGUAUCAUAGUCUUGAUAUGUCUAAACCACCAGCCUCGAAGUUAGACAGCGAUGGAGUGGAUGAUGACCCUUUCUUUUACAUUGAUAACAAGGGGCAAGGAGAACCUACAGAUGAUGGAAAAGUGAAUGAAUACAUAAGUGCAGCAUUUUUGGCUGCUGCUAAUACAAUGACUUCAACGGAGAAAAGAGGGAGAAAACGGAAAGGGGAAGACAGCGAGAGUGAAGAGGAGAGUUCACUUUCUGAUGAGGACUCAGAAUGAAAAGAACAUGAGAAGACGAGAAUGCACCACCUGAUGGAUACACAGAAAGACGAGCACUAAAAUUGCUAAAGGAUGCUGUCUAAAACUAUGGAUAUGGUUUAGGAGUUUAUAUGAACGGCUGACAAUUUUGUAUUGAAAGUUUAUGAGUAUCACUUCCGUUGUUAGAAUAGGCCUGUACCAUUUGCUUCUUGUUUGAAAGAAACUUGUUUGAUAAA